AGAGAGAGAGAGAGAGAGAGGACAGGAGAGAGGAGGAGAGGGAGAACCCGAGACAGUGAAUUAGUUCGAAGGAAAGAGGAUCGAAAGAAUCGAGCGGAACACUCGAUCGCGGUAACGGAUUAUAAAAGUGACCAUAGGCCCGCGGAUAUAUAUCUACACACAGGCUGCGAGUCCGGAUUCCGCGGAUCACCCCCGCUCCACCUUUCUUGCCUCAUCCUUCUGACAUCCCGAUGUUUCUCCGCGUGGCAGACUGCAUCCCCUAAGUCGGGGUGUCCCCCUGCCCUUCUAGAUAUUUCCCCUCCUCCCUCACGCAUUAUUCAUCUCUCGUUCUCUCUCCUCUUCGCCCUUUUUCUCGUCGGUCUUCGUAUUACUCUUACUCCCUCUUUCUACCUGUUUUAUUUUUAUCCUUUUCCUUUUCUUCCUCUCAUUCUCUCCCUUUCUCUCUCUACCGUUUUCUUUCUCUGAUCCACUGAACGUCUCUCUUGUUCCCGCUAUGUCUCUCUCAUUCCCGUCAACGCAAAGCAACGUCCUCUUCGAUCGUACGGGGCUCCAGAGUGUGGCAGCCAUCUUGCAUACCUGAGCCUCCGCAUUGCUCGUUCCUCGAGGGCAAAAGGGAGAAUAUCUCAGCAAGACGACGGCGGGAUGCGCGAGGCAAGUCGAAGGUGGAAGGAUCGCGCGUGGAAGAUGGCGAGGAGGGAAAGCUGGAGAGGCAAGUCGAGUGAGAGGGGAACGGGGCCCACGAUCGAAGCAGCGGGCCUCAGGAAAGAGCAAGCGAGAGAGGGAAACAGACCUACGCGCGAUGGACAAAGAGAUCCGUAUUCUGAUAUAGGCAGUGGCAUGGCAAAAUGGUAGGGGAGAGGAGGACGGGAAGGAGGGAGGGUGGGAGAUGGGAAAGAGAACCGAGGUAUAAGAGCGAAGAAAAUGAGCAUUUGGCGAAGCAAGGAGUGACGAAGAGAGAAGAUCGAACGUUUCUUGACACGAAAGACGGAGAGGGAGAGAGAAGCAGAAAAGGAUGAAACGAUGUUGUUAGAUAGAGCGAGUGAGACUAUCGUGGAGCGAAGAAACGCAGUAGAAGCAUGGUGUUUCUCAGAGCGGAGAGAGAAGGUGAUAUCGAUAGGCCUUGCGCGGGGUGGUACAGGUAAAAGCAUAGAUAGAAAGAGAGAGAAAGAGGGAGAACGGAGAUUCAAAGAACGGUUGAAGGAUAGAGAACGGCGGAGGGGGAAGAGAGAGGGCCCGAUGGAUCGGAGAGGGACGGCGUCAGCCAGCUCGAAGAAUGCCUCUCCUGGCAGCGGCGAGGUUCUGGGACCGGCUCGGUUCAGUCGAGUCAGGUCAGCCCUCGGGAAGGCGACAUUCUUCUUCGCGGUGUUCACGUUCCGCGUUCUUUCUCGGGGCCUUACGUCGCGUUUCGUGGUCCCGUCGUGUUUCGUUAUUUCUUCUUACCCUCUCUACCUUUUUGUUUCGGCUUCAAUGCCGAAUUGCCUCCGCAGUUGCGCGCGGUUUGUCUUCAUCCCCCGAUAACGCUUACCCCGAGGCGCGCGCGCGCGCGCGCGUGUGCACGUACACACGCGAACCCGUUGUGUUGCUCGUGAGAUUGCUCCACGAUCGGCGAACCCGAGCGAGCGCCGCAUCGUGAUCGCGUGAACUUCCUGACAAUUUCCGCGAAAGAUAGCGCGAGUUCGGCGGCGAGUGGUGUGGACUCGAGAGUGAAUCGCGAAUUCGAGUUCCUCGGGGUUCGGUCACUAAACUCGUUUGGUCAGAUCGGUACUCUCGCGAGGAUACACAUAACUUCGUGUAAUUGUAUUCUCUUUUUUUGUGUUCCGGAAUAUUGGAUAGUGUGUCCUCAUCUCUGUGCAGUGUUUAUGUUGCGAGAUUCUAUCGGGCUUAAUUCGGGCUUCAGUGAAAUCUAAAUUUGUGGAUUUUGAGGGAUCUGAGUGUUUGAAAUUUAGUAAGAUAUAGAGAGAGAAAGAGAGAGAUCGUCACGAAAAAUUGUUUGUCAACGUUGCCGAUCUCUUUUCGAGAAAGAGAGAGCUUGGUCGUCAAUGGAAUGCAAGAUGACAGAACGAAGCACGUGACGUAGAUGCAUGUGUUUGGAGCACACGAACUGAAAAAGGAGAGCGGUCUCUCUAGACGAGCAUCCGUUCUUUGGGAGGGAGAAAGAUACAUUCUCUCGACUCUAAAUCGUGAUCGCAAAUCGUUAAUCGGAAAAUCGUUUGAAACGUUCCACUCUCGCGCUCGCGAAGCAUUCGCGAGCAUCCGCAGACGCGCGUUUCGCGAGGCGCGGCUCUUGGCGGGUCACUGCCCCCUCUGCCGGGUGAAGUCUCUUCUCGUAUACACUUGACUUUUAGCGGCGAAGGAAAGGAGGAGCAACAGAGAAGAGAACGAGAGAGAAAGAAAAGGAACGAAAGUGUAUGUGAAAGAGAGAAAGAAGAGACACGGAGAAGAAGAGGAAGAAAGACGGAAAAGAAAGCACCCACCAUCUCCAGGUUUAAAUCGGGACUCUGGUCCAGGUGGGGAAAAAAAUGCGACGCAUCGCCGGACAGAGGACGGCGAUUCACGUCGUCGUGCGCGAUUAAUCUCCGUCCUUGGAGAAAUGUCGCGAUACGUGCAAUGCGCCGGUACGUAGACGCGGAAGACGACGACAGGAUUAUCGCCGGCCACGACCAUGAAGAGAAAGAACGACAGGUAGUGCGUAAUCGGAGCGCGCGAUUUUACGCCUACGACAAGUCACCGUGAGCCGAGAUUUGGCUAAAACAGGUGGGCGUGUCGCGGCGAGACAGAAGAAAUGAUCAUAAGGGAAUCGAUGAUCCUAACCCUGUUCCUGGGAUUACUGUUGGUGGUGGACCAAAAUGGCGGCCAGGUCGUCAGCCAGAAGGCGACGGCGGCGGCGGCGGCGGCGACGGCGACGGUGGAAUUGACUCCGUCCGCAUUUGACGAUUAUUUUACUUUGCGCAACCUACCUCAAAGGGUCACGCGGUUAGUGCCACGAAGGUCACCGAUGUUGCCGCAGGACAGCGCCGCAACGAUGGGUCUGGCGAUGCAAAGCAGAGCGGUCGAUACGCGGGUCCAGCUCGAGAUCAGAGAGGGGGAGCCUAAAGGUACCCUAGUUGGUACGAUACCGGUGAAACCUGACUUUACUUACAGGUUUAACGAGCCGCCCCAGGAGUUCGUGCUCGACUCGGAGACUGGCAAGAUAAGAACGGCCAUCGUUCUCGAUCGCGAAGCUCUUAGCAGUGAUCGGUUUGACCUGGUCGUGCUCUCGAGUCAACCGACCUAUCCGAUCGAGGUGCGGAUUCUGGUGCUUGAUAUUAACGACAACAAUCCAGAAUUUCCGGAGCCCAGCAUUGCGGUUAGUUUCUCGGAAUCGGCCGUAGCCGGUACCAAGCUGUUGUUGGAUGCCGCGACCGACCGGGAUAUACCAGAAAACGGUGUGUUGGACGAUUAUUUUAUCGUGGACGGCAAUACGGAUGGCAAGUUCCGUCUAGAGGUCACAGGAAAUCCCACAAGUGAGACAUCAUACCUACACCUCGAAACUACCGGUAAGCUGGACCGCGAACAGGUGGAAUUCUACUCGCUUAACAUCUGCGCCCGCGAUCGUGGCCAACCACCGCGAUUAGGCUACCUGCUGGUGAACGUGACGGUGUUGGACGUGAACGAUAACCCGCCAGUGUUUCAACAGAGCGACUAUGUGGUGGCGUUGAACGAGAGCGCACCACUCGGUACCAAGGUGUUGACAGUAUAUGCCACCGAUAAGGAUUUGGAAGAUAAUUCCAAGUUGACGUAUUAUCUGCCGGACUAUGAGCGCAAGUUUACAAUUGAUCCAGAAACUGGCACGAUCACAACAGCCGAGCCGUUAAAAUGCCCUCAACAACGUUGCACAGCACGCCCAGGCAGCGUCUGUCCUAAGAGUUGCGUUAUCACGGUCUUUGCUCGUGAUCACGGUUCGCCCAGACAGGACGGUCGUACUUAUGUGACGGUGAAUUUAUUGGACGCGAACGAUCAUGAUCCUGUGAUCAAAUUCACUUAUUUUCCGCAGAAUGCGGGUUUUGCCACCGUCGAUGAGAAUACCGCCAAAGACGCAAUUGUUGCUGCGGUAGCGGUAAUCGAUGACGAUGAAGGUCUUAACGGCGAGACCAGCGUGGAGAUUCGCGCUGGCAAUGAGCUAGGCCACUUUCGGCUGGAGGUUACGGAGAGCUUCAACAUCGUGCGGGUCGACGGCCGGUUGGACCGUGAAGAGAUACCCAAGUAUAAUCUCACGGUAGUUGCCACGGACAAGGGCACGCCGCCGAGAUCAACCACGGCCUAUCUCGUAAUUCACGUGAAUGAUGUUAACGAUCAUGAACCAGUGUUUCAGCAAAGCGAGUAUUCGGCAGUGCUAUCAGAACUCGCGCCUAUCGGCAGUUUCGUCGCUAGCAUCUCGGCUACGGACGCAGAUUCUGGGCUGAAUGCGCGUAUUUAUUACGAAUUUGGUCUAGGUAAUGAGCAGGGUUGGUUCGCUAUCGACAGUGAUACGGGCUUGGUCACUACCGUGGCUGCCUUGGACCGUGAAAUUCAAGGUAGCCUCGAGUUACAUGUGUCGGCGAGAGACGGUGGUCCAAAUACUAAGUACGCGUCCACGCAUCUCAAAGUAACAAUCCUCGACGAGAACGACGAGGCACCACGUUUUUCCGCGAAUAUCGUCAAGGUUACGUUGUCGGAGAACACGCCGCCUUACAGUCUAGUAGCUACUCUCACGGCUGUUGACAACGAUCAGGGUACCAAUGGUAGCGUUGCGUAUAGUUUUCACUCCAGUGUUUUGCGUGAUUAUCCAAAGACUUUUGCUUUAGAUGCCCUAACCGGUCAGCUGACGACCAUGGUCGCACUAGACCGAGAAACCAUAGCGGAGUACAAGAUUUUAGUGGUAGCGAAAGAUCAAGGCAUGCCAGUGCAGUCUUCGACUGCCACUGUGGUACUAACUGUAGAAGACAUCAACGAUAACUCGCCGAUUUUCUAUCCUUGGAGAUAUCUAAUGCCCAUUUCCGAAGAUGCUCCGGUAGGUACAACGCUAGGUAAAGUAAUAGCGGCCGACGCCGAUGCUCGAGAGAACGCUCAGGUGAGGUAUACUUUGGAAUCCGGCGGCGAAGGUCUCUUCAUGGUGGAGGAGAGAACCGGUGAAAUUGUCUUACAAGGUUCUAUGCGAGCUGCGCACAAGACUCUUUAUGAAUUGACUAUCUCAGCGAAGGAUAUCGGCGACCGGGUAGCAGCCAGGAAUGCUGUAGUAGAGAUUAUACGCGAAGAGGAUCUGGAGCACCUUCAGUUUGACACUUACAAUGGUUAUGAUUUUCGCAUUCCUGAAGAUCGUGGCGAUUGCGAUUCCGUUUCGUCUGGUAGUCGGGAGAUUGGCUCUGUGCAUGUUACGCAAUAUAGUAACACAGGAAAAGUGAGCUACGCCAUAGUAUUCGGUGAUCCUGACAACAAUUUCAGAAUCGACGAAAAUACUGGCAUCAUCAGCACUGCCAAUUGUCUGGACCGCGAGAAUAUCGCUUUUUAUAGCUUAGAACUGUUGGCACGCGCUGAUCUCGCGUACGGCCAGACUAUUGUCAACGUCAGUGUGCAAGAUGUUAACGAUAAUCCACCGAAAUUUCCCAAGGGUGAUCGAAGCGACGAGAUUCUCUUGCAGGAGAACGCAGCGGUGGGACAAGAGGUGUGUCUAGCUAGGGCCAGAGAUUAUGAUGCCAACGCCAAUGCCAGGAUUGUUUAUGUCCUGACACAUAAUCCGAGCAGCCAGUUCAGAGUAGCCGAAAACUCGGGCAUCAUUUACUUGGACAAACCGAUUUCUGCGCCGCCCGGUACGGUCUUCCAUCUAGAGGUGACGGCGACCGAUUCCGGUACGCAACCGUUGUCUGCUCAACACCAAAUUCAAGUGACGAUCGAGGAUGUUAAUGAUCACACACCAGUUUUCCGAUUGACCAGCUAUGAGAUUUCGCUACCGGAAUCGACGCCAGUCAACGAACGUUUCUUUUCAUUAACAGCUCAAGAUGCGGACGUUGGUGCCAAUGGCAGGAUACUAUAUACUGUUACCGAUGGUAAUACAGAAGGUCAUUUUGGCAUUUUUCCGGAUGGUCAGUUGUAUGUAAAGAACACGCUCGAUCGCGAGGAACGGGAUUAUUAUGCACUUGAAGUCACCGCAUCUGAUCAGGGUAGUCCACCACGAAGCUCUGUAGUUCCGGUGGUAGUGCACGUAAUUGAUGAGAACGACAACGCGCCCGAAUUCACCAAUAGCAGUUUCAGCUUUCAUUUACGCGAAAAUGAGCCUCCCGACACCUUCGUCGGCAAAUUAUUGGCUACUGAUCGCGACGUUGGUCGUAAUGCUGAUCUUAUGUUCUCACUGCCGGUCAGUCAGCAGGAUUUCGUGGUUGACCCGAGGAAUGGUUUUAUCAGAUCGCUGCGUGUAUUUGAUCGUGAAUUUCUGGUGACCAAUACCGGUGUCAGUUAUAUCAGCCUGGAAGCAACUGUCACCGAUAACGGCAUUAACCGCUUGCGCGACCGCGUCAAGGUUACUAUUUAUAUCACUGAUGUCAAUGAUAAUGUGCCGCAGUUUCAACGUUUACCGUAUCGGAUGCAAGUGAGUGAGGGUGCCGCGAUUGGCACGCAAUUGCUAAGAGUGUACACGACUGAUGUAGACGAGGGUUUGAAUGGCGAUGUGUUUUAUUCGCUGGAAGACGGUAAUCAGCAUGGUCACUUCAUGAUAGACGAAGCUACGGGGCAGAUUUCGCUGGUGAAGGAGCUUGAUCGGGAAAUGUCCGAUUCUUACGUGCUGACCGUCGUGGCUCACGAUGCCGGUCUGGAAACGCGAUUGUCAUCUAGUGCGACUGUUCACAUCGAGGUGCUCGAUGAAAAUGAUAACGUGCCGCGUUUUGUUGACAACAAGUUGAAGAUCUCCGUGCUGGAAACCACACCAAUCAACACCGAGCUAUUGCAUUUUAAAGCCACCGACAACGAUCUCGGAUCUAAUAGCGAGUUGACAUUCGCUAUAUCGGCCGGCAACAAAAGAGACACAUUCUAUAUCGAUUCGCUAACCGGUAUUCUGUAUCUGAAAAAGUUGCUUGACUACGAAGAACUGGUACGUUACACGUUAAACGUCACAUGCAGUGAUGGGGGUCAUCCGCGACUCAGCUCGGUCACCAGCUUGACCGUCGAGGUAAUCGAUACUAACGACAACUCGCCGGUAUUUCCAAACACGGCAAUAGUACGUCAGAUACGUGAGGGUAUCCCUGUACGAACGCCGAUUGUUACAAUUACUGCCGAGGAUCCGGAUUCGGGCGAUAACGGUGUAGUCAGCUACUCGAUUCUCAGCCAGGACCCAGAAGAUCAGGUGCGACAUUUCGGUAUCAAUCCGUCGAGUGGUGUGAUUCAUACGUUGCUGCCAAUCGAUCGUGAAGAGGUGGAUACUUUCAAGCUGGUGGUGGUCGCUACUGAUCAAGCGCAACCACCAAGCGCACGGUUAUCCGCCGAAAAGCUGGUAAUUGUGAUCGUCGAGGAUGUCAACGACAAUGCGCCGAUCUUCGUCAGCAUGUCGGCGGUAGUGUUACCGCCUUUGCGUGCCGGCAACUUUAACUAUCAUCAGUCCUCGACUAAAGAUAUUGCGGUCACGCAACUAGUUGCUCGCGAUCUCGACUCUAGCACCAACGGCCUGGUGACGUACGAGCUGCUCCGUUUCAGCGUUAACUAUUCGGAUAUGUUCCGAAUCUAUCGUAACACCGGUCAGCUUAUCAUGAGAUUUCCGCGGUCAUCCUCAAAGGGCGGUCUCUUUGAACGAGCCUCCUCUAAAUAUCAAGUAGGCGUUCGAGCGACGGACGAGGCAGUCCAAGCGGAACGUCGUUCGUCCGAGACUUACGUGACCUUGAUCGUGUCGGGCGAGGAUGGCGACGAUCAGCCGAUUUGGGAGCAUCGAGGUCAGAUUGAAGGCAACGUUUACGAAAACGAGCCGAUCGGUACCAGUAUUUUGCGUGUGAGCGCGCGUAGUCGUCGACCCAACAUCGAGAUUGAGUAUUACGUGACGAACGUGACCGCCGGCGACGGACCCCAAGUCGAUCGACUAUUCGACAUCGACACGAAGACUGGCGUGCUGUCUACUGCGGCCAAGCUCGAUCGCGAGACCGGUGUCCAGUGGUACGAGGUGGAGCUAUAUGCCAUCGGCAUCGGCGGCACCAGACCCAGUACGACGUCUACCAAAGUACGCGUGACGGUGCUGGACAAGAACGACGUGGCACCAACAUGGGGCCCAGGCCCGUGGAAAUUCAAGAUAUCCGAAGAGGCGCCGCCCAACACCGUCAUCACGGUGCUCAAGGCCCACGAUCCGGAUACCAUCGGUACUCUGACUUACACCCUGGUGCCGAAUCAUCAUCGUCCCGGUGAUCCGCGCGGCGAGACCGCGGACAACGACGGGAUGCAGGGCCAAUUUAAACUGAAUCCGACCACCGGCCAGCUGAGCCUCGCCGAGGCCCUCGACAGGGAGACGAAGGAGAAAUACGUGCUCAAGGUGCGCGCCGACGACGGCCUGCAACACCGGGACAUCGUGCUUCACAUACAGGUCACCGACACCAACGACAACGCGCCGACCUUCCAGACCACGGUUUACUCGUUCGACGUUCCCGAGAACGUGCCGAGGGGCAGCCGCGUCGGUCAGGUCAUCGCGACGGACGCCGACGCCGAGGGUCCCAACAGCCAUCUGAGCUACGUGCUCAUCUCCGACUGGGCGAACGACGUGUUCUCGCUGAAUCCAAGCACCGGCGUGUUCACGCUCACCGCGAGCCUCGACUACGAGCAGGUGCAGCACUACAUCCUCGUCGUAGAAGCGACGGAUGGCGGUACACCAGUGCUGUCGACCACCGUGACGGUUUACUGCAACGUUGUCGAUUUAAAUGACAACGCGCCAAUCUUCGAAACCGGGCCGCACGCGGCCGACAUCGUGGAGAACGCCACCAUCGGCACACCCGUGCUCACCGUGACCGCCCAGGACCUGGACUCCGGCGACAACGGUAGGGUCAUCUAUGCCGUCGCCGGCGGCGACGAGGACGGUGACUUUGGAGUGGCCCACAACGGCACCCUCUUCACGCGCCGGGCCCUCGACCGUGAGCGAAAGCCAGUCUACAACCUGAUACUGAGCGCCACUGAUAGCCCACUACCACCGGCACGGCCGUUGUCCUCUACAGUACAGGUGACGGUGGUGCUGCUGGAUGUGAACGAUAUGUCGCCGGAAUUCAUAUCACCCACGAAGACAUCGAUAAUCGAGAACGCGCCGAGCAAUACAGUAGUGAUGGCGAUAAAAGCCAUCGAUCGGGAUGAGGGUCGGAACGGUUAUGUCGAAUACUCGCUAAAGGACGACGGCAAACUGCCGUUCACCCUGGGCCCAGUGGAUGGACUGUUGCGUGUUUCCGGAUCAUUGGACCGCGAGCAAAGAUCCAACUACACUUUGGAAGUCACCGCCAAAGAUCGUGGCGAACCGCCAAAAUCGUCCUCGACCAUCAUCUCCGUCACGGUGCUCGAUGAAAACGACAAUUCACCGGUGUUCGAACCCAGGCAGUACUUCGCGACCAUUGCCGAGAACGCCAGCAUCGGCGCCAGCGUGCAUCAAGUGUCAGCGAUGGAUCGCGAUGAGGGGGCAAACGGUAGGGUGCGGUACAGCAUCGUGAUGGGAGACGACAAUCGAGACUUCACGAUCUCAGAGGACGGUGGUGUAAUUCGAGUGGCGAAAAACCUGAACUUCGAGCGUAAGUCCCGGUACCAUCUAACAAUUCGCAGCGAGGAUUGCGCGGCGGAACUUGGAAAGGCAUCGCGCGGUGACACGGCCCAGGUCACCAUCACCGUCCUCGACAUCAACGACAACGCACCGGUUUUCCUUGAUUCGCCCUAUCUGGCACACGUUGUGGAGAACAUGGUGCCACCGGGUGGCGGUUUUGUGGUACAGGUUAAAGCGUACGACGCGGACACUCCACCGUACAACGAUCAAGUGAGGUACUUCAUUAAGGAAGGUGACACAGAUCUAUUCCGCAUAAACGCGAGCACCGGUGACAUAUCACUCCUUCGUCCGUUGGAUAGGGAGCGUGUGCCCGAAUACACUCUCACUCUAGUGGCUAUGGAUACCGGCUCGCCGCCUCUCACCGGAUCGGGCAUCGUCAGGAUCGUCGUCCUCGACGUGAACGAUCACAGCCCGGAGUUCGCCCGGCAGGACUACAAGGCCACCGUGGUGGAGAACGCGCCCGCCGGAACUUGGGUCACUAGGCCGCACGCCACGGAUAAAGACAAAGGGUGCAAUGCGCAAAUAAGGUACGAUUUGAUUGGGGAAGAAGAGGAACAGUUUAUCAUAGAUCCUGAUACGGGCGACGUUUACACCACGAUACCGUUGAACCGCGAGCAAAUUGCCGUAUUUUACCUGACUCUGGUGGCCAGGGACUCGAGCCCGACGGAGCCUCGUGCCACCGCCGUCAAUUUGACGAUCUAUGUGGCGGACGUGAAUGACAACGCACCCCGCUUUUCCAACCCCCGAUACACGGCCUACGUUCCAAGCGGGACUCAACCAGGUGAUUUCGUCUUCGGUGCGAAAGCGAGCGACGAUGACAGCGGCGAGAACUCGCGAAUCGUUUACCAGCUGCAUGGCAAGGACGCGGAUCAAUUCACCAUUGAUCCCGAUAGCGGCGUGAUCCGCGCUAACCAAGAGUUGAUUGGCGACCAGACCACCUAUCAACUUCAGAUUCAGGCGUCGGACUGCGGCGAAGAGCCCCAACAAGUCACCGCCGAUCUGGUGAUCCACUUGUGGGAACGGCAGCUGUUCCCUAGCUUCCGACCGAGCGUUACCACGAGGUUCGUAUUGUCCGAGGACGUGUCCGAGGGUAGGGUAAUCACCAAACUAAGCGCUACCACGCCGAAGAGCGGACCGACGAGCAAAUUGAUCUACGGCAUGGCCGGCGGAAACGUAGGGGAUGCUUUGAGAAUUGAGCCUCACACCGGAGAGGUCGUGGUUGCCGCUGGUUUUGAUUUUGAGACGGCUCCGCACUACGAAGCCUGGAUUGAAGUUCGCGAUUCGGACACGCCCGCGUUGCGCAGCGUUCUCCAACUCCUGGUGAACGUCACGGACGCCAACGAUAACGCACCGGUCAUGGAGGCGGCCAUUUACAACGCGACCGUGAUGGAGGAGGAGUAUCCGCCGUUGUUUGUCGCUAAAGUAUCCGCGACGGAUCGCGAUUCCGACGAGAACGGCCAGGUCACUUAUCAUCUAAUCAACGACUUCUCCGAGUCAUUCAUCAUCGACAGUAGCACUGGUCAGAUAGAGACUAAUGCCAAGUUGGAUCGCGAAGAGGUUGCGUCUUACGAGCUGAUCGUGGAAGCCAGAGAUCAAGGUCAACCCCGAUUAACCGGCACCGCCUCUGUGCUGAUUACUGUUCUGGACAAGAACGACAACCCGCCGCACUUUACGCGACUGUUCAGCGUCAACGUGACAGAGAAUGCGGAAAUUGGCACGUUCGUUAUACGCAUCACCAGCAGCGACCUGGACAUCGGUCAGAAUGCGAAUGUCACUUAUAGCUUCACCGACAAUCCAGGAAAGAAGUUUUCCAUCGACGCCUUGAGCGGAAAUGUGACCGUGACUGGACAGCUCGAUAGAGAGGAGCAGGACGAAUAUCUAUUGAAGGUCGUAGCAGCGGAUCGCGCGUGGCGUCAGGAGACCCCUUUGACGAUCACCAUUCAGGACCAGAACGACAACGCGCCCGAGUUCGACGAGGACACUUAUCAUUUCCAUUUUCCUGAGCUUCAGCCGCGAGUGGCACACGUCGGCACAGUCACGGCUACCGAUCGCGACAAGCAGGGACCAAAUUCGGUUAUAUCUUACAGCUUGCUGCAACCGUCCGAUCUCUUCACUGUAGACCCAGCUACUGGCGACGUCUUCAGCAAGCGCACCCUACGCUACAAGCACACACAUUGGCCGUCCUCGCCGGAGAAUCUGUAUUCGUUGACAGUGGUCGCCACCGAUAACGGCAAGCCACCGAUGUCCUCGAAGACAGUGGUGCAGGUGAGCGUGGUGGACGCUAACAACAACGCGCCUCGCUUUGAGCAGAGGUCCUAUCUGUCACCGGUGCCGGAGAAUUAUGAAGUAGGCAAGCGGAUUAUUCAGCUGAUCGCCCGCGACGACGCCGACUUCGGCGUGAACGCGGAGGUCAGUUAUUCGCUGGAGAACAUGAACGUCACCGGCGAUCUGUUGGCUAUCGAAGAGCAAACCGGCUGGAUCUACGUGCGUAAGAGUCUCAACGGCAUCCCCGUCGGCUCGGUGUUCCUGCUGAAAGCGCGCGCCACCGACAGAGGCGUGCCGCCGCAGAAGGACGAGAUUGUCGUGACCCUCGUGAUCUCCGGCGAGAAUCGACAUGCACCCACCUUCGCCGCCGAUAGUUACCAGGUCAGAGUACCGGAAAACGAGCCUGUCAAUACUACGAUUCUUACGGUGAGCGCCGUGGACGGUGACAGCGGGCCCAACGGCAUGAUCCGCUACAGGAUUUCGGCCGGUAACGAGAGGAAUGAAUUCUUCGUGAACUCCACCACCGGCGCGAUCACCAUACUCGAGCCCCUCGAUUACGAUCUGGUUCAGGAAUACCGAUUGAACAUUACCGCGACGGAUCUAGGAUUCGAGCCGAAGCAAGUAGUAGCCACCCUAAUCGUCAACGUAUCCGACAUCAAUGACAACCCUCCAGUCUUUAAUCAGAGUGUCUAUGAAGCGUUCCUGCCGGAAAAUUCGCCGACCGAUACUUUCGUUUACAAGGUGGUCGCAAGGGACAUUGACUCGCCCAAGUAUGCUGUAGUGCAGUACGAGAUCCUGGGCGGCACCGGCAAGGAUCACUUUCGCAUUCGCGGGGACACCGGCGAGAUCACAUCAGACGCCAGUUUUGAUUAUGAGGAGACGAAUGAGUACACCCUCGACAUCGUCGCGGCCAAUCCGGAUUCAAGCCCGCAGAUGGUCGGCUUCACGACCGUGGUGGUGCAUAUCACCGGCAGGAACGAGUACUUUCCGCAUUUCAUUCAACCCGUGUUUCACAUGGAUGUAUCGGAGAGCGCCGAGGUGGGCACGUCGGUUGGCGUGGUCCAGGCGACCGAUCAGGACUCGGGCGAGGACGGCCGCGUGUACUACCUCUUCGUGGGCUCGUCCAACGACCGCGGCUUCUCGAUCGGCUCGGACACCGGCAUCAUUCGGGUGUCGCGCCGGCUCGACCGCGAGACGCAGAAUCGCGUGGUACUGACGGUGAUGGCGAAGAACGGCGGCGGUAUACGCGGCAACGACACCGACGAAGCGCAAGUGAUCGUUUCUAUCCAGGAUGGCAACGAUCCGCCUGAGUUUCUGCAAAACGCCUACAACGCUAGCGUUUCGGAGGGCGCCGUUCACGGCACCCGCGUGCUCACGGUCCGCGCGAUCGACAAGGAUAUCAAGCCGCAAAACAAUCAGUUCUCGUAUUCCAUCAUCAGCGGCAAUCUCGGUCAAGCCUUCAAAGUCGAUCCGCAGACCGGCGACGUCGAAACGGCGAAGCUAUUGGAUCGCGAGACUCUGCCAGUGUACGAUCUGACGAUCGGAGCGAUAGACACCGGCUCGCCGCCACAAACUGGCACGGCGAUGGUGCAUAUCGAGCUACUGGACGUGAAUGAUAACGGUCCCGUCUUCGAUCCACCAGAGGUAGUCGGUUACGUUAGCGAAAACGAACCGACAGGUACCAGCAUUAUGACCCUGAGCGCGACCGAUCCCGAUCUGCCACCCAACGGCGCGCCAUUCACUUAUAGAUUGAUCGGAGGAAAACAGAGUGACAUGGUGACGUUGGACAAACACUCGGGUGUACUAAGAACCACUAGAAGUCUCGAUAGAGAAACCAUGCCGCAGCUAGAUCUCAUGGUUGAAGUGGAGGACUCGGGUAUACCACGAAUGAAGAGCGAGUACACCAUCGUCGUAAUCGUCACCGAUCAGAAUGACAGCCCGUCCACGCCACGGUCGGUACACGUGAUCGUGCACUCAUUCAACGGCAAGACACCGCUGGGAAAGAUUGCCGAUGUACAUCCAAACGAUCUGGAUAUCACCGGGGCCUUCUCGUGCAAGAUUCUUCAAGGCUCGAGUUCGCGCGUGCUCACCAUUCCCACUGCCUGUGAUCUGCACACCAACAAGAUUACAUCAGGAGUCGGCUAUUCUUUGAGCGUCUCUGGUAACGAUGGACGACAUCCGGAUGUGGUCUCCAAGGUUACCGUCGAGUUCCUAAUCUUCUCGAACGCCACAAUCGAGAAUAGCGUCACUUUGCAAAUUUUCAAAUUGACUGCUAAUGACUUCCUCAGUCAAUAUUACCGGGCUCUCUUGGAUCUCCUGCAGGAGAAAAUCGAUGUCGGCGAUACGCUCACCAUUUUCAGCAUCGGUGAAAACGGACCGAACCUGAACGUUCACUUGGCAGUAGAAUCUCCACAAGGGUACCGAUCAAGAUACGAAGUGACCGAUCUGCUGAUACACAAUCAAGACCAAAUCCAGAUGCUGCUUGAAGGUAACUCGUUCAUCAUCGGCUAUUCUCCGUGCAAGCACAUGCCGUGCGAAAAUGGGGGUAGCUGCAGUGAUCAAUUGGUCAUAUACGACGACGCCAGGAUCACCGAUAGCCAGGCGCUGAUUCUGACGUCGCCCAGGAUGUUGCACGAAAUGUCUUGCAAGUGUCGGGACGGCUUCACCGGGGAUAGGUGCGAAAAAAGGCAGGAUCCGUGCUCUCCGAAUCCCUGUUUACUGGGAGGACAAUGCCGACGUUUAGGAUACGAUUUUCAAUGCACUUGCCCUAUCGAUCGCGACGGCAAGCUGUGCGAGCUCGAGAGAGGCGACGCGUGUGCCAGUAAUCCAUGUCGAAACGGCGGAUCGUGCAGAAAGAGUCCGGACAGCUUCAGCUUUUUCUGUCUCUGCAGAGCCGGCUAUAGAGGAAAUCAUUGUGAGGCAGUCACCGACUCUUGUCGACCGAAUCCUUGCUUAUACGGUGGCCUGUGUGUGGGAGAGAAACCUGGAUAUCGAUGUAGCUGUCCCGAGGGUCGCUACGGCCGGCACUGCGAGCGCUCCACCUUCGGUUUCGACGAAUUGUCUUAUAUGACAUUCCCAGCGAUGGACUCCAACACGAACGACAUCACCAUCGUGUUUGCCACUACGAAAUCGGACGCGUUGCUGCUGUACAACUACGCGUCGCAGACAGGCGGCCGCUCGGACUUCGUCGUGUUGGAGCUGAUAGACGGCCGAGUGGUCUUCUCGUACGGUGGUGCCAGAACCGCGAUCACCUCCGUCUCCAUCAAGACGGAGCGACCGUUGUCGGAUGGCGAAUGGCACAAAGUCACCGCCACCAGGAACAGCAGAGUUAUCUCGCUCAGCGUAUCCACCUGCAGAGAACACGGCGAUGUCUGCGACGAUUGCAGACCUGGUGAUAGUACCUGCUACGCGGACGACGUGGGACCGACUGGGACCUUAAAUUUCAAUAACAAUCCUCUCCUACUGGGCGGCUUGGAAAACUCCGAUCCCGUGCUGGAACGUCCGGGCCAAGUGCAUUCUGACGAUUUCGUGGGUUGCAUUCAUUCGGUGUCGAUAAACGGAAGGGCUUUGAAUCUAACAAAUCCACUCGCAUCUCGUGGCGUGAAAUCUACGUGUGUCAGAUCGCAGCGAAAUCCUUGCCUGAGAGAUGAAAAGGAUACUGCAUCUGUUUGCGGGGUGAACGCCCAAUGUUACGACAAGUGGCACCAAGUGAUGUGUCAGUGCGGGUCCUUGAGAGCGCCCAAUUGUCACGGUGCUCUGCAACCUGUCACUCUGAGCGAAGGAGGGUUCAUCGAGUUUAAGAUUUCAGAGAAACAUAGAAGGAUGCAAUUAUUGGAGUACCUUUACGGUGGUUCAACAAUAUGGAGCACGAAUCGCGUCAAGCGCGGUCUUAUCGAAGACACGAGCUUUAUAACGAAUCCUUCUCCCUUGAAGACGAUCGGCUUGAUGUUUAGAACCGUGAAGCCUGAUGGUAUCCUGAUAUACGCCGCGACAAAUAAGCAUUUUACGUCCGUAGAGCUUCGCAGUGGCCAGUUGAUUUAUAUGUCCCUGCUCGGAUCACCGGUGAACAUGUCGAUCAAUAUUGAGGGUGGUCUCGCCGAUGGACGUUGGCAUAAUCUGACACUCCAUGCCUAUGCCAGAGGAUUAAGACUGUUGGUCGAUGGUACCUUGACAGGCGACGAAUUGGACUUGGCAGGGGUUCACGAUUUCCUCGAUCCAUACUUAUCCGUCUUGUCGAUUGGCGGAGUCAGUCAGGACCUCUAUUACGCGCACAGUGCUGGCUUUAAGAGUUUUGAGGGCUGUUUGGCUAAUUUUACUGUCAACAAUGAAGUGCAACCAUUCAACGGUUCUGGUUCUAUCUUCAAAGACGUGCUUUAUCAUGGCAAAGUGAACACCGGAUGCAGAGGACCGAUCGGAAUCGGCGCGGCCACCGCCGCGGAUCCUCUCAGCAUUGGUAUCACUCUGGUCAUCGUCUUUUUCGUCAUCCUGUUAAUUGCCAUUCUGGUCAGCUUCAUAGUGUUCCGACUGCGCCGGCAAAAUAAGGAGAAGUCGGCGCCAUCAGGCGUCAACAAGAACACCAAUGCCAUCAUGACCGGCAAUCCUCUAGUCGGCCCCGGAAACGACAAUCUCAUGUCCCGUCAUGAGAACACUUACAUCUCCGACACGUCAGAUCUGCGCGGUGUCGGACACAUGGGCCCUGAGCUAAUCUCGAAGAAAUACAAGGAGCGCGAGAUCAAUGCUACCUCUGAGCACCGACCGCAACGACCGGAUAUCAUUGAACGGGAGGUUACCAAGUCACCUCCCAUUCGCGAUGAGCACCCACCGUUACCGCCCACCCAAACCUCCCUCCACUCGCACGAGCACAACCCGGAACCCGAUAUCCCGGAACAUUACGACUUGGAGAAUGCCAGUUCCAUCGCACCUAGCGACAUCGACAUAGUAUAUCAUUACAAGGGCUAUCGCGAUGGCAUGAGAAAGUACAAAGCUACUCCUCCUCCUAUAGGAAAUUAUGGCAACCAUCACAAGCACACGGGGCAACAACAUCGUCAUACCGGACCCUUUCCACCACGAGCUAUGCCACCACCCAACGUGAACCAGCCACCCGGCCCGGCACCCAAAUUGCUCCAGAGUACUCCUCUGGCGAGAUUAUCUCCUAGCAGCGAGCUAUCCGCGCAACAGCCGCGGAUUCUCACGCUGCACGACAUCAGCGGAAAACCGCUGCAAAGUGCGCUACUGGCCACAACGUCCUCAUCCGGCGGUGUCGGUAAAGACGCGCUGAAUUCCAACAGCGAGAGGAGCCUGAACUCUCCCAUCAUGAGUCAACUGUCAGGGUCCACCGCUAGUAGAAAGGCCCCGCAGUCCAACAAUGAAAACUCGGUGAACAACGUGUCAUCAGGGCCGAUGGGUCUCACGGCGGAGGAGAUCGAACGACUCAAUUCCCGUCCGAGAACGUCCAGUCUGGUCUCUACUCUAGACGCCGUGAGCUCCUCCAGCGAAGCCAGAGGUCCGCCCGCGCAUGGGCCUCUACAUCAUCACCGACGUCACACACCUCCCGUGGAGAGGCUCGAGCGACGAAAUUCGUCGACUACCGACGAGAGCGGCAACGACAGUUUCACAUGCUCAGAAAUCGAGUAUGACAAUGGGUCACUAGUCGGCGACAAGCGGUCCGACAAUCCGUUCGCCAAGCAGGACAAUGAAAGGAAUAGCCCGCAAGUGAGGAGCAACGUCGAGUCGUCGCAGUCGACGAAACCGCCGCUGCCGCCGAACGUCGGCAAUUACGACGGCUUCGACAGUUCAUUUCGCGGCUCCCUCAGCACUCUCGUCGCCUCGGACGAUGAUCUGUCGACCCAUAUGAGUGGUCUUCUCUACGGUAACCACGCCAACGGCUCACCCACCACCACUGCCACCACUACCGCCGCCGAGGACGCUCUCAGCUGGGACUACUUGCUCAACUGGGGGCCCAACUUCGAGAGCCUCGUCGGCGUGUUCAUCGACAUCGCCGAGCUACCGGAUAGUACCAGUCGAGUACCCAGAUUACCGGCUAAUAUCCCCAAGCCGUCUGAGGAAUACGUUUGAAACGAGUCCUUAGAAUGAUGCCGGGACAAUUUAGUGAACAAUAGUAGUUUAGUGACCGUGAGAAUUAUUUCAGAAAAAUUGUAGAAAGAGACUCGCCUUCAGGAAACGCGCGAGAUUCGCUUAGGAAUGUUAUCGAAUUGUUUUGCUGCUCGAAUUGUUUAGCUUGAUUAGUCAAACGUUUGUAAAUCGAUAGUAUUAAGUAUAGCGACAUCCAGUCUCGCGAGCUUGGACGAUCGAACGUGAUUUUAAGUCAUACGAGGGGACACGUUUGAGAAAAGCGCCGGCGAAAAGUGUCGUGGAAAGUCGUUGCAACAUUUAGGAGUUGCAGCGAGGUGCAACGCGUCGAACGCGUGAUCAUCUUGCCAUAAAAUAUAAGGAGGAACGAUGCUCCUCGAGAAGAGACUCGUCCGUAUUUCUCCCAUCGUGUACGGGAGACUCAUUGUUUUCUAUCGUACUCCUUAUCUCGCGAACUUUUUUUUGUAAAUAUUGAAUGACACAUGUCUAAUCAAAACGCUCGCUCGCGCGCAGCGCGCAACAUCCCUCGAUUCAACGAUCGGUCGAAAUGCAAACAUUCUCUUACGGCACAUUCAGAGAAAACAAAUUGUAUCGGCAACUAUAAAUUUAUAAACAAAUAGCAUCUCAACUAUGUAUUACAAAGUUAUAAUACAAACAAUAUUAAGUUAUAUAAGCUAAAAAAAAUACAGUAGUAUUAACUUUUUGUAAAAGAAUUGCUGGAUAAAUUAUGGUAAAAUGGUAAUGCAAAUGUAAGUGAUGGAAAAAUUGAAUUCGAGAUCUCUUAUUCUCAUCUCUAGGGCUCACCACUACUGCUCCACUGCUAUUAUAGUUAUUCCGAUUGUAUACUUAAUCGGCCGUAAACUAUGUAAUUAAAGUUGAGUUGCUAUUUCACUAUAAACUAUAAUAGUUGCACAAAUAUUGUUGCCAUUCAAACUAUUUUAUUAUUAUUGCAACUAAAACUUUAGUCGCAAUAAUUAAAAGAUAGUUUAUUGAACUAUAUUAAAUCUACAUAUAUAACUUGUCAUUGUUACUUUUAUAGUUGUCACUAAUAUAAAUUUUUCUCUGAAUGCGUAAUACCACACACUAUGAAUCAAAGUUAUGCAUAGUUAAUAUUAUUUAUAAUAUUAACUAUUAAGAUUUUAAAUUCGUUGUUAAUAUUAUGAAUAAUAUUAAUUUUAGUAGUGUUGAAUGUUGAUGCUAAAUUUGCACGUUUCGCGCAUUCACGAGCGAUCACGCGCGAUAUUAUUAUAAAUAUAUGAAAUACGAAUGCCAUUUUAAUUACGGCGAUUUAUCCGCGCUGCUGGCGAGACGGAGAAAUGUGCGACUGAGCAUCGAGGCAGUCCAAUUAAUCGUUAACUAGCGACUUCUGUAUACAUAUAUCCUAAGCUGUCGUGUCAGAUGCACUCGAUGCAGUCGCACAAAUCGUAAUUAUUGCUUGAAUGGCUAAGUGACACAUCGGCACUUAUUUCAUAUAAUUUUUAAUAUUUUAAUUAAAAAACUCGAGAAAUUAUUUAUUGCAGAGAUUUUAGGGAUACGUAUAGCUGCAGCAUUUUUUUUAUAAAUUAAUUUAUAGUACAAUAUUUAUUGAUUAUAUUGUACUUAAACACGAAUUAGACUCUUAUCUCUUAUAUGCCUCGAAAAUUUUUUAAGGAGUUUUUUUACCCUAGAACACCUCGUACAGCAUGUAACAUUGCAAUAUAACAGCAAUAUUGCUGUAAUAUUACUGCGAUAUUGUAAUAUUGUUGCAAUAUUACGUGCUGUGUGGGACAUUAUAGAUUGUGGGAGAUUCUCUUAAGAAAAUUUGGAUCGCUUGCUUGAAUAAAAAAGAAGGUUUGGACUCAGGAGGAAAAAAUUUGAAAUCUCCACUAUCGAUCGCUAUAGUUGACCAAUUUUAUUGCUCAGAGUUUAAACGGCACGAAAGUAAAAUUUUGUUCCGUCGGUAUAGUGUGUUCUAGAGUUAAUAAUAAAUGAAAAAUUAAAAUAUGAUUAAAAAUAUUAGUGAGUACAACUAUGAUUUUUUGGAAUUGCAACUUCACUAAAUAGUAGCUGUUUUCCAAUUGACUUUGGAUUUUGAUGCUGCGAUAUACGAAAUUGGUAUUUGAUAUCUUUUUCUUUGUGACGAUAGAAUCGUCAUUAUAUAAAAAUUGUAAAAUCUAUUGUUUUAUAAAUCGGAAUUAAGUACAUCGAAAUUUUAUAUUGGUUAAAAUUUGAUUAAAUUAAUUCGAUUUAAUUAAAUUAUAGUAUAAGAUAAAUGUUUACAUCUUAUAUUAUAAUUUUAUCAAAAAUUCGAAAAUAAUUCGAACCGCGAUUAUGUUGUUAAAUUUUUUUUAUUUAUGCUUUGUUUAAAUAACGUAGCAUCUGUGGCAUUCAGCCAUUCGACCGAAAACAUGGCGUUUUGUCUGAAAAAAUGCCUGUCAAGAGAAGGGAGAGAGUUUGUCUUCCCAUUAUAGCGAUAGUUACUUCACUUUGCCAAUGCCUGGACUGCGAAGAUAACGGAACGCCGUUGAUGAACGGAAUUAUCGGACCGUCGUGGAAUGCCACGCGGGCGAUAACGUGAUUCGCGGGCGUGUCAAAUUCGUGCUCAAUUUGCGUUUGUUAGAAAGACAAUAACGGCGCCGUCGUAGCGUUCCUGAGAGUGGCCUGCCACUCGGCAGACCGCAAGACUGAUUUUCUCCUCUCUCCAAAUGACGUUUCGCGAUCGUGAGAAGCAGCGAAGCUCCUCGACGAUUGCCUUGCGCGUUUACCUUGUAAAUUAUGAUGUCUGUCCUCAGCCUGAUUUCAUCUUGUAAAUAAAACCAUGCGUGUGAGCUGUACAAAAGUGCGAAUGCAUGUGUGAGUGCUAUACCAGGGAAUGCAUGUUAACUCUAUCAUCAUCGAUCGUAAAAUAAACGACAGAUUU